UAACUGUGCUACUGGGACCUAUUGCUAAUUGAAAAUUGCCUUGCUUCUCACAGCGUGCCAAGGAAAAAAGAGGCAGCAUGAGAAUAGCAUACCCUCCAAAAUUUCUCUGAUGAAAAUAGGGACAUCCCAUUCCAUAAUGAUAAUUUUACUAUUUAUACCCCACACAUCUUACUGGGUUGCUCCAGCCACUCUGGGCAGCUUCCAACAUAUAUGAAAACAUAAUAAAACAUUUAAAAAAAACCUUCCCUAUACAGUAUUGCCUUCAGACAGUUCAGGGGUUAGAUGACUCCAUACCAUCCAACAUUUCUCCAGUGAAAACAGGGACAUACUAAGGAAAAGCAGGACAUUCUGGGAUCAAAUCAGAAACCAGGAUGGCUUCUCUAAAUCAGAGCACAUGAGAUAGAGCACAUGAGCAAAAGCCUUGUACAUACCUCUGCUUAUUUAGCCAGGAUUGACCCAAACUGGGCUUGUGAAUAAUCAACUACCUGUCACAUAAUCUAGGCAAUUAGAGUGAGCUGGGAUAUAAACUACCUAAAGUUUUUAUUCCAUAUAGGGAAUAACUGAAACAUGUACAGAAGUUUCAAGUGGAGAGUCUCUUCAGUAUGCAGGCAGGCAAAAUGCUGUAUAAAGACAAGCUUUAUUUGUAUUCCAGAUACUUCUGAACCCCAAACAUUAGAUACAAUUUAAUAAUAUUCUUCUCCUACAGGAUGGAAAAAUAAAUCCUGCAAUAAGGAAAGACUUGAAAACGCCACAGAAAUACUACUGCUGUCCUAUUGAAGGUUGCCCUAGAGGACCAGAAAGGCCUUUUUCACAAUUUUCUCUUGUAAGACAGCAUUUUAUGAAAAUGCAUGCUGAAAAGAAGCAUAAAUGUGAUAAAUGCAGCAAUUCCUAUGGCACCAUAUGGGAUCUGAAGCGACAUAGUGAGGACUGUGGCAAGUCUUUCCAGUGUACUUGUGGAUGCCCCUAUGCUAGCAGGACAGCAUUAUUGUCUCAUAUUUAUAGGACACAGCAUGAAAUCCCUGUUGAACAUAGGGAUCCACCAAGUAAGAAAAGGAAAAUUGAAACCUCUGUAUCCAAUCAGUUGGUGGGAGAAAAAGUUAAAGGAGCUUCUGCCAGUGUCCAGACCAGAUGUACUAGCACUAAAGACUUGGAGACCUCUGAGAUGAAGCCAGCAGCUUCCUUUGAAGAUUCUAGCUGUUCCUAUACUACUAAGCAAACACAAACGCAGCCAAAAAAUUCACCAAAGUUGCUUCUGCCAAAGCCAAAAGUGGCUUUGGUUAAACUCCCUGUAAUGCAGCUUACUCAAUUGCCUAUCUUUGUAUCAGCACCAGACUCUUCUGUCAAACCCGUUGUAGUUGCCGUUGAUGACAAAGGCUCUGUUAUGAGUACUGUUCACUUAAUGCCUCUGCCGGUAGGAUUUAUGAUACCAGGACUGGAGGCUGAAACACUUGCAUUUAAAAGCACCUUGCCCCUUUCAAAAACCAAAAAUGCUGGCAGUGUUGAGCCAGUCAGCACAGGUAUCCAGGUCAAUUUGGGUAAAGGGGCAUCAGAUAAUACAAUCCAAGAUCUGGAAGCCAUAUGCUACAAGAACGGGAUUUGUUCAACAAAUGUGCAGACGGACUUAUCUUAUAUUUCGCAGAACUUUGUGACAUCUGCAGCCUGGACUCCUGAUUCAUCGGUGUCCUCUUGUUCUCAAACAGACCUGACGUUCAGCUCUCAGGUUUUGUUGCCAAUUAAUGUGCAGACACAGACACUGUUACCCAGUUCAAAGUUGACUUCUUCCAUAGCUGCUCAGACAGAUGCACUUGCACAGGCUUGCUUUCAGUCAUGUGGAAUUUCUCGGGAGACUCAGACCAAUAGGUCGCAGAAAGAUAUUGAUGGGAGAGUACAAAUGGACCAGGCUGUAAUGUGCAAUGACAUUUUUGACAGUGUUAGUUCAUCAUUCAGUGAUUCAACCACAGUGGGACUUCCAGGCAGUAACUUGAUGGCUGCAGGCCUGGGUCAAAGUCUGCUGCAAAGAGGAAGCUGCAAAUCUUUGAGUCCAGACACUAAGUGUGAGCCAGUUAUCAGCUUCAGUGCACAAAAUAAUAUUCUCCCACAGCAGGUUAUGACAGACAAUCAGACCCAGACAAUGGAGUUACUGAACGAUCUUGAAACUAUUUUUUCGAAUAACACAGCGGGUCAGUCAUUGGAUAACCGUAGUCUUUUGACUGACACUAGCUCGCAUGCUGGCACACCCUUGCCUUCUGGCCCUACGCAGAAUGCAGGAAUUGAUUUUGACAUUGAGGAUUUCUUCACAGCCUCCAAUAUCCAGACACAGACAGAAGAGACCCAGCUGAACUCUGAGCCAGUCUUGGAGUUACUAGAUAUUGAAACCCAGACAGAUUUAUUUUCAGAUAAUGCCACCCAGUCCUAUAGCUGCAGAGGUAAUCCCAAUUUCUUAGGUUUGGAGAUGUUUGACACACAGACCCAGACAGACUUAAAUUUCUUUUUAGACAGCCCCUAUUUGCCUUUGGGGAGCAUCUUGAAACAGUCUACCUUCUCUAUGAGCACAGACUCAUCUGAUACAGAAACACAGACAGAAGUGCAUUUUCCUGCAAAAAAUUCCUCUAACCAAAUGGCAGAAAGCAAAGUCCAGCUGAAUAGUGCUGAAACACAGACCAUGGAUAGCUGCUUUGAAACCCUUGGCAGUUUAUUUCUUACUAGCAAUGAGACUCAGACUGCUAUGGAUGACUUUUUGUUGGCUGACUUGGCCUGGAAUACAAUGGAGUCACAGUUCAGUUCAGUCGAAACACAGACUUGUGCAGAAUUGUGUUCUCUGUUUCAGGGUCCUGAUAAAUCAAACCAUUGAGUGCUGUUCUCAAACUCUCUUUUCUUUGAGGAUUAAGUUAUGUGUGGGUAGGAGAAACUGACAUUCAAGUCACCUCCACUGAAUGUAAUUGACCACAUAUGGUUGGUUUACAAACUGUGUCCUACUAUAAGGUACUUUAACUGUUUUGUGUUUACUAAUAUGAAUCCCGUGUGCAUAUGUUCACUGCUGUGUGUUUGUGUAUGUUUGAACACUUCAUAACUGGUAGUAAUAUUGUGUCUGCCCUCUGCUAUGCUGAGUUACAUUUUUUUUAAAAAAAACUCUUUUAAGUUCCAAACUCAUAGCUGUUAGUAAUACCUGUCCUCUGAUCUUGACUAUUAACGCAGCAGUCCUGUAUUUGGGAAGUCCACUAAACAGAGUGGAGUUCUUGAGUAAUCAAACAUGGAAUUGUGCUAUAGGUUGUUGUUGUUUUUUAAUGGACCAAAACCUAGUUUUCUUUAAAUUCUGGCUCAUUCCCCAAAUCCUGAAAAUGCAGCUCUUCUCUUUUUUCUUCUUGUUUUUGGAGUUCUUUGUUGCAAUUCAGCUCUACAGGGGUUACAUCAUGGUUGUGCCCAAGAAUUCCUACAGAUUCAUGCUUCCACAUGUUGCUGUGACAUAGGCUAACAAUUUGGCAGGAAUGUGCCCUACAUACUUGCAGCAGCUUGUUGCUUGCCAGAAAACCAACCAAAGUACAGAACAAGUUUUUGCUCUCUCUCUCUCUGUCUGUCUGUCUCAUCUGGCUUCUAAUCCAUAUAAAUUUAGUAAGACUUCAUACUUGCGACUGUGGGUAGGUGGACAACUGAAUAUUGACAUCACCAUGCUAAGAAAAAUGUGCAGCAGUACACUUUGGAUUCUGUACAACUAAGCUAUACUCAGACUAGGUUUACUGAAAUUAAUCUAAUUUAGUCAUGUCCAUUAAUUUUGGUUGGUCUGCUCAAUGUAUGACUAAUGUUGAAUACAACCCAACAUGUUUAACAUGGGUAAAUCCUUGUUGAUCAUGGAUUCAAUUUUCUUGAAACAAUGUUAGUAGCCUGUAAGACGUUUAGUUUCUGAACAGUCUUGCCAAGUUCUAGCAGACAGUUUGGAAUUAAGCUCAAUGGCUUGCAAAAAUCUAUAUUAAGUAAGGAAAAGGAAGGAAGGCACCAAUGCAGAAAUGAAAGAGGAUACUUCAAAUAUACACUUGGAUAUAUGUUAUUUAAUUCAGUGUAUUUUGUGUCAGCAACUCUUCAGAGCUGCUGGUUUUCAUUGCCUCUGAAAAGGGAUUAUUGACUAAAAUUUCCAAUGUACCUUUUUUCUUUUUAAUCUGUCCUAAGAGCUUAUGUCAAACAAUCACUUUGGAAACAUAGCUGCAAGGCAAACUAUAAGAAAGCAGUGAGUUCCUAUCUGCUCAGGACAAGAUUACGAGGAAGCUCUUCUACCAAGUGAUAAAGGAAAUUGUUCAUCAGAGUAGCAGAUGGCAUGUGUUCCGCUACAGCUUUUACCUGCUGUUGGACAUAAAGUUCUGUUUGUGCUUGAAUUCUUUAAAUUCAUGUUGAGCCCUCAGCUCCUCCAAGAACAACCUAUCUUUCAAAGGGCAAAAAAACUUAGGGCUAGGAUGGAGGAUCUAUGGUUCUCCAGAUGUUCCUGGGCUACAACUGUUAUCAUCCCUGACAAUUGUCCCUACUGGCUGAGGCUGAUGGGAGUUGGGAGUUCAGCAGCAUCUGGAGAGCACCAUGUUCAGUGAUAGGGCCUGUUGUUGUCUUUGUAUAGUGCUGCUAAUGGUCUGUCAGCAUAGACCCAUCACUUCCACACUGAUUUUGUGUCUUACCUUCUAACUCUUACCCAACAUACUCUGUGCAAAGUCUAAAGUGUUAGCAACUGCUCAGUGUUAUCUGUUGAUGUUCUUCAGAAACUUCUAUUUCCGUUUUAUGUUUAAUGAAGAGAAUAUCCUACACCGGAUAUUUGCAAUCUUCAUUAAUUGUAUGCAGGGUUUAUUUUUUCUCUCUCCAAGCAUUUAUUCCACAGAAUUGAGCAUCUAUUUCCCACUGAGCCUUGGAUAAGCAUUUGGAAGAAGAACUCUCAACUGGGUCCUGUACGUACAUAACACUUUGUUAUGCACCAGCUGAUUGCUUCAGCCAAAGAGUGGCAAACAGCUUCCAGGUUGAUGCAGGUUACACACUGUUCUUCAAUCAAUCUCUAGAUUGAUGCUGUUUAACAAGCGAUGAAGCUGAAAUGAUGCAGUUUGGUCAGAGUCCCAGGCAGCAGUGAAGUAAUGACAUCACUAGGGUGCACUCUUUAUGUAUCAUGCAAGUUGUUUUGAUCUAAGGUCAAUUGCCAGUCAGGAGUGGAACUGUUAUUCCUCCAUGGUCACAUGAAUUAUUUAUUAUUAAUUAUUAUUUGAUUUAUUACUUGCCCUUCCACCAUAAGAUCCCAGGUUGGUUCACAAGAAUUUAAAAUACAUUAAAAAGAUGGCACUCCAGAGAUUUAACUAUACUCUUCUUGGGAUGCAACUAAAAAGUCCCUUAUCCCUCUGAAGCUUAGUGCUCUCCUAGUGCUUCCAGUGCAAAGCUAGUGUCAUCUGGCUUGCUGUGGUAUACAGCUUGGUACUUGCAGUUCAGAAUGUAGUCGCCUAGGUGCACUUUUGAUUAAAGUGUCCAUGGGCAUCUUGAAGUGUGUUUGAAUUGUUGAUGUGUAUCUGUGGUCAGGGUGUUCAGGCACUAAUAUGAGUAUGUAUAUUAAGCUUUUCCACAAACAAAACAGGCAGCUGUUCUGGGUCCCCCAUACCUUAAACAAAGUACCACUAAUGCAGUGGAGAUCAUGUUGGUAUAUAAUCGCCUUCUUAAGUUGAUGUGAUUGUCUUUAAGCAGCUACUUAUAGAUGGGUACUGCCAGUGCCAAUAGUGCAGAUUGACCUUUGGGCUCUAUUCUGUUACUGGUAUCUUAUCCUACAUAGGGUGCUUAUGCAAGAGCUCGCCUUGAACUGCUGCUGUGACUAAAUCAAUCCCUGGAUUUCUGCUUGUGGGGGAAGAAAUGUUCCACACUCCUUGAACUCAUAGAAGACGACUUAAAAGCCAUCCACAGCUCAGUGUACAAAACUACAGUAGCUUAUUUUCUCCUCCAGGAAUGGCAGAUCUCCUGCUUGCCCCACCUUUGGCUAUCUUCUUUCUUUAGUAGGAGAUUCCAAGAAUAUAUUUGCUAUAGAGAGAAAAUAUUGACUCAGCCUGGUCAUAUUUGCAGAAAAGACCUGGUUUCUGAACACCUUUCACGUUCCUGGCAUCCUUUUAAAGGAGAUUUUGAGCCUGUCUUAGAAAUGAAUCUUGUAAUAUUUUGUUCUUUGUUUCUAUUGAUUGUUUUCCCCCCACCAUUUCAUCAGAGUGAUUGAACCAGAAUGUUGCUCAGUUUGCAACUGUCUGCACACAAUCCUUGUAUUUGAUUAAUAUGAGUUAAUUAAAGGGAGUUUGGUGCAUAA